AUGACACCUGAAGAACUGGAUAGUAUUUUUUCAGUGAAGAGUCAUUCUGAAGUCCCAGAGUAUGAUGUUGUACCAGUUUCUGUAGUACAGUCCCGAAAGCGACGCGAUAAUGGGCUUUACAUCAGCACGGAACGAUUUGGUAAACAUAUUAAAGCAUGGUUGAAUCCUAUGGACGGAAUAUUAGCAGGCGAAAAGACGCCAGUUCACUUCUUGGGAGAAAAUUCUCAAAAUAGAUACUAUCCUAACGUUCGUACAGUUAGAGAUUUAAUGGAAGAUAUAAAAUCCGACUUGUAUGAAAAUCAUUUACACGCCACUACACUAGCAGUCAAUCGUCAUAGCAAUGGAAAACGUAGUGUGAGAGGUUUCAUUGGAGACACACACAUUCAACCGGUACCUUCUCAUCUUAUGGACCACGCUAAAAGACAUCGGAGAUCAGUUAAAGGUUCACUGGAUGAAGAAUCCGAUCAUGAGAACUAUCACAUCGUUCGCAAGAUACCGAAACUUGAAGGAAUUCACUACUCUCCUCCCAUAGAAGCCUUCUCAAAUUUAAAUAGAACUCGUAGAUCAAGUGAAAAUAAUCAAGUUAAGAUAUAUCCAGAAAUAAUCUAUCCCGAAAUUCUUGUAAUUGUCGACUACCCGUUAUUGACCCAAUUUAAAGGCCAAUGGAUAGAGUUGUUAGUGUAUGUUUUGACUUUCUGGAACGGAGUUGACAUGAGAUACAGAGAUAUUGUUCAUCCGAGAAAUCCAAAUUUGCUUCCAUAUAUACAAGCGUAUGGUAAAUUCGGAGAAUAUGCAGUAGAUCUUGAUGAGUCUUUAGUAGAAAAAGCGAAGUGGUUGAAAGGCGAAGUGCUGAGUCGGCACAUCGGUUACUACGACGCCGAUGACACCUAUGACGUUGCAGUUACAAUGACUACAUAUGAUUUAUGUUCAGCAGACAGUAAUGGUUGUAAUAUCCUAGGAGUAGCAAGUUUGAAUGGAUCUUGCACUUAUCAUAAUGUUGCUUUAGUGAAAGAUACAGGCGGUUUCGGUGGUAUAAUGACAACUGCUCAUGAAUUGGGACAUGCCUUUGGAAUGAACCAUGACAAUCGAACAUCAAGACAUUGUGAUGAAGAAGCAGGCAAUGUUAUGGCUCCGGCUAAGACUAUCAGUCGCAAGUCGUACGAUUGGUCCGACUGCUCUCUGACGGAUUUCCAUAACUUUUUGAAUAAACAAGGGAAAUGUUUAACAAAUAAACCUACAAUGCGGUAUUCCUUACCGAAAAUUAUACCAGGAAUGAUGAUGAAUGCUCAUAAACAAUGUGAAAUGGUAGGUGGAGUGCAGGCUUCUGCAAUAGAUGAUAGCAUUUGUACCCAGCUGAAGUGUACGGUGAUACCCGAGAGUGGAUUACCAGAAGCUGCGGACGGAACGUUCUGCGGUCGAGGAAAAGUGUGCCUCCAUGAAUCGUGUAGAAAAAUACCUCGGUACUUGCCAGGAAAGCGGAUGGAUGCUAAUCAACAAUGUAAACAGUUGGUCAACGGUGUAGCGACUUAUAUUGGAGACUCUAUUUGCAUUCAACUCAAAUGUUCGAUACAAUACAAUUUUGCUUUGCCUGAAGCUGCUGAGGGCACUGUUUGUGGAUACAGAAAACUAUGUCUUCACGGAAAAUGUAUUCCGGAACAUCGGGUGCUUCACCAUUUGAUGUCUCCAGAAGAUCUAAACAAAGUAUUUUCAGUUAAAAAUGCCGCGGAAGUACCGGCUUAUGACGUUUUACCGAUUUCCAUUACAAGACCUAGAGAUCGAAGUAUGGUUAACACAUACCUUGUAGAAAUUCCUUUUGGAAAGAAUAUAAAGAUGUGGUUGAAUCCUAUGGAUGGUAUUCUGGCUAGCGAAAAUUUGACUGUCAGUUCUGCGACAUACAACCCUCAUAGCUAUGACAAGCUGAAUCUUCAAAACCGACCCUCUAUUAAGCCUUAUUUAUACGCUAUUUACGAAAAUACUCGUUAUGCCACUACUGUAGCUGUCAAUAAUCCUCCACGCGGAAGCCCAUCGAUGGUACGAUGA